ACGUCAGACUUCCGCUUUCUUCUGUCAAACAGUCAAGAGCGCGUGCGCAUCCCAUCCACUCGUACAAGUGAAUCGAAUAAUUUGUUAUUAGCGUUAUCUAGCUUUAGUUUACGUAAACGCGUUUAAUAUCACCUACGUCACAAAUUAAAAAAAAAGCAGAUUCGCACCGUGACCAUGGCUUCGACUCAGAAAUGCCUUGGAAAAGGAAGCUCUGCUCCUGGGGCUGUACCCAAAGGCCAGAUGCGACUUUAUAGUAUGAGAUUCUGCCCGUUUGCCCAGAGAGCCAGACUUGUGCUCUGUGCUAAGGGUAUAGAACCAGAAACUAUCAACAUCCAUUUGAAAGAGAAACCUGAGUGGUUUCUGGAGAAGAAUCCACUUGGCCAAGUGCCUACACUGGAAACCUCCAAUGGCCAGGUGGUCUAUGAGUCAGCAAUUGUAUGUGAAUACCUGGAUGAGAUUUACCCUGAGAAAAAACUGUUUCCUUCUGACCCCUUUGCAAAAGCCCAGCAGAAGAUGGUGCUGGAGGAAUACUCAAAGAUCAUUCCUCUGUUCUACAAAAUUCCUAUGACCAGAGUAAAAGGUGAGGAUGUGUCAGCACUAGAAGAAGAGUUGAAGGAAAAGUUCUCCAAACUGAACAAGGUUCUUGUUAACAAGAAAACCAAAUUCUUUGGAGGUGAUUCAGUCACUAUGAUUGACUACCUGAUCUGGCCGUGGUUUGAGAGGUUGGAGGCCUGGCAGCUCAAACACUGUCUGGAUGGCACUCCAGAGCUGAACAACUGGAUUUUGUGCAUGAAAGAGGAUCCACCAGUGAAGGCAGUCAUGUUCAGCACGGAUGUCUACAAAGCCUUUAUGGACUCAUUCUUGGAGGGAAACCCCAAUUUUGACUAUGGCUUAUAAACAUGUGCCUAUACUAAAAUAAUUCUAACUCUAAAAUGAAUACUGUUUUUCAGUACAGACCUUUUGUACAAGUAUAACGCAUUGUCACAGACUUCAUCAUAAAAUGGUAUUAAAGUGCCUUUAAAUUCCAA